GGUUACAAAACCCUAGUCAUCCCCUCCCUGCCUCCUAUAAAUUUCAGCAGCCUGGCGGAAUAGCGGUCUCUAGCUCAGAUCAUAUUUCGUCGGCGUUAGUGCAAGGUAUUAGGCAACUUCUCCGUCCAGAGAAAGAAAAAAUGUCGUCGGACAAGACGGCGCAAGCAGUUACAAUCCGUACCCGCAAGUUCAUGACCAACAGGCUUCUUUCGAGGAAGCAGUUCGUCAUCGAUGUGUUGCAUCCAGGGAAGGCUAACGUUUCCAAGGCUGAGCUGAAGGAGAAACUUGCAAGCUUGUACGAAGUGAAGGAUCCGAACACGAUAUUCGUGUUCAAAUUCCGUACUCAUUUCGGUGGUGGGAAAUCCACUGGGUUUGGGCUGAUCUAUGACUCUGUCGACAACGCCAAGAAGUACGAGCCGAAGUACAGGCUGAUUAGGAAUGGACUGGCCACCAAGGUUGAGAAAUCUAGGAAGCAGAUGAAGGAGCGAAAGAACAGAGCUAAGAAGAUCCGAGGUGUGAAGAAGACCAAGGCAGGAGACGCGGCCAAGGGAGGCAAGAAGAAGUGAGAACAACAAGCCAAUGGGCAAGCUUUUGUACUAGUAGUUUUAGCAUUGGGCAGCUUUUCCUUUUAUCAAAUGUCACUCUAGCCAUUGAAGAACUUUUACAGUGGGUUUUGAAUAUUGUUGAGGUAUAUUUCUGAGUUUAGUGUCGUUGAUGAAUCUGCUUGCUCCAUGCUGCUUGACAUGUUUGUGGGUUGUUAAGUGUUGGGGGUGCAUUGAAACUUAUGAAGGCUUCCCUUACGAUAUUUUGUAUCGUCGACCCAAUGACAGUACGUCUUUAGAAGCGAUUCACUCGAUUCUAGAUGAUCUAUGGCAGAACAUGGUCGCCAAUUCCGCUCCAUCUGUGUCUUCUCUAAGCUGCUGCGAGCUG